AUGAGGCCCGAGCUGUCUACCAAGAAAGCUGUGAUCUCCAAGAAGGGCUUUAAAAAAGCUGCCAUCAAGGCUGAGAAGAAGGAAGGGAAGAAGCCCAAGAGAAGCCGCAAAGAGAGUUAUUCCAUCUACAUCUUCAAGGUGCUCAAGCAAGUGCACCCCGACACGGGCAUCUCGUCCAGGGCCAUGAGCAUCAUGAAUUCUUUAGUCUCGGAUAUCUUCGAGCGCAUCGCAGGCGAGGCCUCCCGCUUGACUCAUUAUAACCGACGCUCCACCAUCACCUCCCGGGAGGUCCAGACUGCUGUCCGGUUGCUGCUCCCCGGGGAACUGGCCAAGCAUGCCGUGUCCGAGGGCACCAAGGCGGUCACCAAGUAUGCCAGCUCCAAGUAA